UAACGGAAAGUUCUUCAUGGCUCUGAUCAUGGAACCUGUCAGCAAGUGGAGCCCGAAUCAAGUGGUGGACUGGAUGAAAGGCCUAGAUGACUGCCUGCAACAAUACAUUAAGAACUUUGACAGGGAAAAAGUCAGUGGAGAUCAACUUCUGAGAAUCACUCAUCAGGAACUAGAGGAGCUUGGGGUCACUCGUAUUGGCCAUCAGGAGCUGAUCUUGGAGGCAGUGGACCUGUUGUGUGCUUUGAACUAUGGACUUGAAACCGAGAACCUCAAAACAUUAUCGCACAAACUGAACGCCUCUGCUAAAAAUCUCCAGAAUUUCAUAACUGGUCGGAGGAGGAGUGGGCACUAUGAUGGAAGGACUUCAAGAAGAUUGCCAAAUGAUUUCCUGACGUCAGUAGUGGAUCUCAUAGGUGCUGCUAAAAGUCUUCUGGCAUGGCUGGACAGAUCUCCAUUUGCUGCCGUGACAGACUAUUCUGUUACUAGAAACAAUGUGAUUCAACUCUGUCUGGAACUGACCACUAUUGUACAACAAGACUGUACUGUUUAUGAAACUGAAAACAAGAUUCUUCAUGUGUGUAAAACACUCUCGGGUGUUUGUGACCACAUUAUCUCUCUAUCUUCUGAUCCGCUGGUUUCACAAUCUGCUCACUUGGAGGUGGUUCAGCUGACAAACAUCAAACCCAGUGAAGGAUUGGGAAUGUAUAUCAAAUCAACGUAUGAUGGGCUACAUGUAAUAACUGGAACAACUGAGAAUUCUCCUGCAGAUCGGUGCAAGAAAAUCCACGCUGGGGAUGAAGUGAUUCAGGUCAAUCAUCAAACUGUGGUAGGAUGGCAGUUGAAAAACUUAGUAAAUGCACUUCGGGAAGAUCCCAAUGGGGUCAUCUUAACCUUAAAGAAACGUCCUCAGAGCAUGCUCACCUCUGCACCUGCUUUGCUUAAGAACAUGAGAUGGAAACCUCUUGCACUGCAGCCAAUUAUCCCAAAAAGUCCAACUGGUAGUGUUGCCACGCCAACCGGUACUCUCUGUACACCUACAAAACGAGAUAGUUCUGCACUUCAGGAUCUUUUCAUCCCCCCUCCUCCAUCCGAGCCAUACACUCCCAGAAGGCUGGGAGGUUCCAGUAUCUCUAGAAUUAACAGUGAUCCUUAUCCGUACACAGUAGAAUUGGUAACUCUAGUUGGUACUUGCAACCUAUUGAUAAAUGUUGUUGGGGAUGAUAAAGGGAACCUGCCCAUUGAGGAUUCCAGCAGACAUGCUUUAGGCAAACCAGUGCAUAAAGGAUCAGAGUCGCCCAAUUCUUUCCUGGAUCAGGAAUAUCGAAAACGCUUCACCGUGAUUGAAGGGGAUGCGAUGAUUGUCAGCUAUGAUUACGACACCAGCAGGUCAAGUGUGCCAGGCAGAAGAGAAAAUACCCUGACCUAUGGUAAACUAAGACCUAUUUCUAUGCCAGUGGAAUACAACUGGGCGGGAGAGCAUGAAGAUUUAAAUAGACCGAAAAGAGAUGGAAGAAGAGAAAGCUCACUGAUGAGAUACAUGAGCGACGAUAAGAUCCCUAUCAUUCAAGAGGAGUAUUUAUCUAAAAGAGACACUGGCAAGCGAUCCAGAAAGAAAAGUGACAAGUUAAGCAGUCCGAACCAUCCCAUCAGCCAUUAUGCACUGCCAACACCAGUACACCUCGAUGCUGUUCGACAGGACUCUCUGAGUACACCUCUGCCAGAAAACAACACCAUCACCCUGUAUCAUACAUUCCAGCAAUCCCUGGGGCAGAAAUCCAAAAAAAGAAACAAAGACAGAUAUGGGCCGGGAUUUUUAAAUGGGUCUGGAAGAGUCCGGAGGGCAGAUCGGGGUCAGACUGGCCGCCCACAAGGUGCCGUUACAGCAAUGAGCAGGAGAAGAAUUUCUUGUAAGGACCUUGGUCGUGGAGACUGUGAAGGCUGGUUAUGGAAGAAAAAGGAUGCCAAGAGCUACUUCUCACAAAAAUGGAAAAAGUAUUGGGUUGUAUUGAAGGAUGUCUCUCUGUACUGGUACAUGAAUGAAGAAGAUGAGAAGGCUGAAGGAUUUAUCUGCCUUUCUGAGUUCAAAAUUGAUCGAGCAAGUGAAUGUCGGAAAAAGUAUGCAUUCAAAGCAUGCCAUCCUAAGAUUAAAAGCUUCUACUUUGCAGCAGAUAAUAUGGAUGAUAUGAACAGGUGGCUGAGCAGGCUGGGCUUAGCAACAGUGGGAUAUGCAGAAAAAGAGCAGCGACUCAAACAAGAUCAAGAUUAUUGGAGUGAAAGUGAUCAAGAGGAUGCAGAUACCCCAUCAACCCCCAAGCAAGAGAGUCCACCACCUCCUUAUGAUACCUACCCCCGAGCACCUUCAGUGAACUGUGCUAGUCCAUACCUUGAACCUAAGCAUAACAGACUGUCAUCUACGGAAACCUCUCAUUCUCAUUCAUCCCAUGAAGAAUUCCGACCAGAACCUGCAGGAGGUACUGAGUCACCCGUUCGUAAACCAGGGGCUUGGGAACGGCGUUCAUGGCAAGAUCUAAUAGAAACUCCACUGACCAGCUCAGGGCUGCACUAUCUCCAGACUCUUCCUCUUGAGGAUUCUGUGUUUUGUGAAGCAGGCUUACCAACACCAGAACAUCGGAGGCAGUCAACUUUGCCAGCUCAAAGGUGCCAGAUCCAGGAUCACUAUGGACCCUUCCCAUUAGCAGAGGGUGAACGAUGGCCUGGAAUAAGUGGUGGUGGGGGUAAACCACGCAGUUUCACUCUACCUCGAGAUGGUGGUUUCAGUCAUUCCUGUCAAAACUCCACAAUCUGCGUCCCUGGAGUUCAGGCUGAAUUGGCUCAGAAACAAGAAAUUGCGGAAGAAAAGCAAGAAGAAAAUGGUAAGGAGCAUGUACAUUCCUUAACAGUUCAAAUUAAAAAAGAAACACCAUCCUAUGAUUCUCAACUGUUCGUCUAA